CCAGGGGCGCCACGUGGUGGAGAGGUCGUGGGGCUCAGUGUGUCCCUUGCAGCAGGUCCCACUCCGGUCCCCGCCCGGGUUCCCCAGCCAGUACGGCUGACACGUGUCCUCCUCCUCUUGUCGCUCGGACCUCCGCUUAUCUGCGGCGAUGGGGAAACAUGCCGAGCCUGCUGGCGCGGAGAUGGGCGGACGACAGGGGGGAAAAGGCACGUGCGCUCGUCGGCGGAGCACGGGGGAAAGGAGCCGUGAAUCGCCGAGAACAGCAGGGGGGGUUCCCGAUCGCGACGGGGGGAACCGACCCGCGCUUCUCUCAUCUGGCCAUCCUUCAUCCGAAGAUUAGCUGCUCCAUGCCUCUCUCCAUGCCGCACGUCCACGUGGCCGCCACGUGGACGCACGAUGCUGACGUGGACGAUCGGAUGUCGUCGAGCCGUCGCACGACGACUCCGACAAGCAUCCGCUUCGUCGGUCGGGAUAUCACGCAAUGCCGGCGGCGGCGGCGAAAGGCGGGGACAAGGGCGCACGGAGUCGGGACGGAAAGCGCCGCGACUUGGGGGAAAGGCGAUCGGACGACGACGUGUGCGACAAAGUGCGCGGCUGUGCGCCGCACUGCUACCCCGCGGUCGGAGAAGCGCGCCGGUGAGCGACGGCGGCUGCGCGUACUUGCUAGUUCCACAAGCACCGAGUCUGAGCGCAAUGCGCGCACCGAUCCCGACGGAGCAGCCGUGCGGAAAGGCAAUCUUGCGGCCAAUCAUGUACCCUCGACGAGCUCAAUGGCGAACAGCAGUGGCGAAACUUCAGGCGAAGCUUCAGAUGAUCAAAUGAAGAGUCCUGACAUCCGGACACUAUGGUAUCGCUUCAUCCACGUGGCAGCACCUUAUUGGAGCUCAGAAGACAAAACGCAGGCUCGAUUACGCGUUGCAGCUGUGUUUUUAAUGACCCUUGCAACCACUGGCAUUAGUGUGGCUUUCAAUUUUCUCGGUCGGGACUUCUACAAUGCGUUGUCAAGUAAGGACCAGGAACAGUUCACCAAGCAGCUGCUGUAUUACCUGGGAGCAUUUGUCGUUGGGAUACCGGUUUUUGUAAUCAGGGACUAUCUACGUGAAACGCUGGCGCUGAGGUGGCGUGCUUGGAUGACCAAGGAGUACAUCGGCCGAUACUUCGGUGAUCGGACGUUCUACAAUAUACAGUCUGCUUCGUUGAUCGACAAUCCGGAUCAGCGCAUCGUUGACGACAUUGCUAGCUUUACCGUCACGUCACUCGCAUUCGCUUUGGCGAUUUUCAACGCAUGCAUCGAUCUUAUCUCAUUCAGUGGGAUUCUGUAUGGAAUAUAUCCGCCUCUCUUUGGUGUACUAAUUGUGUACUCGCUAGGUGGUACCGCCCUCAGCGUUGCCCUGGGAAAGGAACUGCUGAUCUCGUCGAGGAAUUUGGACUUCUUCACCAGCGGGUACAAGUAUCUGAUCCAGCUUCUGCCGGCGGCUGUUGUGGCGCCGCUUUACUUCUCCGGAAAGAUAGAGUUUGGAGUUAUCAGCCAAUCAUUCUCUGCUUUCAAUCACGUCCUCUCUGACUUUUCGAUCAUCGUGUUUCAAUUCCAAGCGAUCAGUUCAUUCUCUGCCGUCGUUGAUCGACUGGGGGAGUUUACCGAUUUAUUGGAAGAGAGUGAUAAGCAGCGAGCGAAACGUGAAGGAGAAGGAGAAGGAGAAGGAGAAGAAGAAGUUCCGGGUGCGGUGGACGGCCAGGUUGACGUCGUUCAGCGAUCCACCAUCAACCUGAUCGAUUCGCCGUACCAAGGCCGCCACCAAGUGUUGGCCGCUUCUGUCGCCGCAUCCCCGCCUUCGGAGAUGGCAUCUGUGAUGAGAUAUGCUGCUGCUGCUGCUGCUGAUGAUGAUGAUGAGGGUGUGAAUUCGCGACAAGAAUCGUCGCAAUACGGCACGGGUUCAAAUUCUUCAGAAGAUUUGUCGUUGAGGCCUGGAAGAAUCUUCCGAGAGUCUGCUGCUGCACCGUCUUCACAGGAUGCGGCUGUGCUGCUCGAAAUCGAAGACCUUACACUUUUCACCCCUCAGUACACGAAUCGACUGAUUCUGAACUUGUCCUUAACCAUAAGGGAAGGAGAGCACUUGCUGGUGCUGAGUUCGAACUGCACAUGAAGCCGAUGAGUAAAAUAAUAAAAAUACG